CGAAAAAGCGGGACAUUUAAAUGCCCGGGUUCAUUCAUCGGGUCUUCUAGUCGUGUGCUUGUGCCGUUGUUGUUGCCCCCACCGGUACCCGACAAGUGCGAUAACUGUUAUUUGUUAUUGUUGUUUUAGUUAUCCAUUGUUGUUAUUGAUAUUGUUGUUGAUGAUGUUGUUGUUUGUAAGUUGUGCGUAGUAGUUGGGUGAUGAUGCGCAAGAGACAAGAGACAAAAGUCGCGAACGAUGUUGUUGCAGAUGCAGGAGCGAAGGCUGUAGUGUUGCGACAGCUAGUACAGCCGUAUGUAGUGCAGUGCUCGAGGAAUACCCGUUGUCCCGAUAGACGCCGGCUACGCGGAUAAAACGGCAGUCACGACGGCGACGACGGCGAGCAACAGCAGUUGCGGAGGCGGUGCCGACCGCGAGGAGUGCCGGGAGGAACCCGAGCUCAGGCUGUCGGGAAACACCGACCCCUGUGCCGGUACAGCCGGAGAGGACAACAACAACAACAACAACAACAACAACAACAGCAGCAGCAGCAGCAGCAGCAGCAACAGUAGAGCAGCGUCCGCCACAGAAGUGGAGGCUGCGGAGGUCGAGGAGGAGGAGGACAGCAGGAUGGCGGACAGCAGCAAUAGCAGCCAGCACCAGAGCGGGGCCGGCUCGCCCCAGCAAUUUUGCCUUCGCUGGAACAAUUACCAGACAAACUUGACGAACGUCUUCGACCAGCUUCUACAGAGCGAGAGCUUCGUCGACGUGACCCUCGCCUGCGACGGCCACUCCGUCAAGGCCCACAAGAUGGUCCUCUCGGCGUGCAGUCCCUACUUCCAGGCCCUCUUCUUCGACAACCCCUGCCAGCACCCGAUCGUCAUUAUGAAGGACGUCAAGUGGCCCGAGCUCAAGGCCGCCGUCGAGUUCAUGUACAAGGGCGAGAUUAACGUCUCGCAGGACCAGAUCGGCCCGCUCCUCAAGGUGGCCGAGAGCCUCAAGAUACGGGGCCUCGCCGACGUAAGCAGCGAGCACGAGCUCACGUCCCGGCCGAGCCUCGAGGAGAGCCUCAACCUCGCGGUCGCGGCCAGCGGUGGCUCGAGCGCGCCGGCCCGGGCGAGCAAGAAGCGCCGCAUGACCUCGGGUGAUCGUUCACCGAGCCAGACCGCGGUCGGCUGCAGUCCCGAGCGCAACGCCGGCAACGAGCGGGACGAGCAGGACUCGGCGAGCACGGGCCACGACAGCCACGGCCUGAACUCGUCCUCGACGCCGCGCAGCCUCGGCUCCCCCAGUGUGCCGAGCAUCAGCGUGACGCCUCAGAUCAGCCUGCACGAGAUGCCCGUCAGUCUGUCCCUGCCACCGCCGCCCAUGCAGCCCCCGACCCCGCACGGCCAGUCUGCCGGUGGCGCCGGUGGUGGCCACCACGUGUCGGUCGGCCACGUGGGCUCGGCCGGUGCUGGCUCGCACACGCCCGUCAACCACCUGAGCGCCCACUCGGUCGCCCAACAGCUCUCGGUCGCCCAGCACCAACAGCAGGCGGCCCACCACCACCACCAACAGCAGCAGCACCACCACCACCAGACCAACCAGGGGGGCCAGCCCUCCCUGACCGACGACGACAUCAAGCCCGGGAUCGCCGAGAUGAUUCGCGAGGAGGAAAGGGCCAAGUUGUUGGAAUCGUCCCACGCUUGGCUCGGAGCCUCCACCUCCAGUAUAGCAGCAGACAGCUACCAGUACCAGUUGCAGUCGAUGUGGCAAAAGUGCUGGAACACCAACCAGGGAUUGGUGCACCAUCUUCGUUUUCGGGAACGCGGGCCUUUGAAGUCCUGGCGGCCGGAAACGAUGGCGGAAGCGAUAUUCAGCGUGCUCAAGGAAGGCCUCUCGUUGAGCCAAGCUGCGAGGAAAUACGAUAUUCCAUACCCGACGUUCGUACUUUAUGCGAAUCGAGUUCACAACAUGCUCGGACCGAGCGCCGACAGCGGAGCGGGUAAGUAUCUGCGGCCGAAGGGCCGAGGGAGGCCGCAAAGGAUCCUCCUGGGAGUUUGGCCGGACGAGCACAUCCGCGGCGUGAUUCGGGCGGUGGUCUUCCGCGACGGUCAGUCGCCGCACGUGGUCAAGGAGGAACCGGCCGCCAUUUACCCGAGCCUCGCGAAUUACGGCGCCUGCAACGGGCCCGAGGGAGCGGUCAGCCCGAGCGCCGCCGCGGCCGCGGUCGCUGCCGUCGCUCAAGGACUCAGAAACCAGAUGUGCAGCAUGGUGGCGGCGGCGCACUCACAGCAGCACGACAUGCUGGCAACGAAUCUAUCCACAAACCUCUCGACGAGUCUCUCCUCCAACCUCCAAGCAGCGAUGCAGCAGCAGCAGCACCACCACCACCAUCACAGCAGCAGCAGCAGCAGCAACAACAGCAACAACAACAACGACAACUCGCCGCUGAACCUCGGCCUCGGCAGCCCCGACACCGGUGGCCCACCCGACAGUCCCAUCAGCGACAGUCCGCUCGGCUCGCUCAUGGACCCGGGCCACCACCUGUCCUCGAGCGUCGAGGUCGGCAUCGGCGUCAGCGGCAUGACCUACAAGCCGACCCGCAGCUUCGUCAGCCCAAGGCCCGAGAAUCUCUUCCAGGAGGACAUAAGCGAGCUAGUCAAGAGCUCGCACGCCGCCCUCAAGGACAAAGAGAAGAUAGCCGUCAAGCUCGAGCCCCUGGCGGACUCGCGGUGCGAAUAGUAGGGCCGGUUCGGGGCCAGCUUGCAUCAGCUCGUCACCGAACGUCGUCUUCCCGGUCCCGAUGCAGCCAACGCGGCCGCGGCCAUGCUCUCCCCCGAUGGCUUGGACUACAGAAAAUUGAGCCAAGCCAUGCCCGAGCGCCUAUUCAACAUUUAAACUAGGACACAUCAUCAUCAUCAUCAUUAUUAUGAUUUUCAUCGUCAUCAUCAUAUUAUUGCUACAACUGCUACCAUAUUGUAAACGGUAACGCCUGUACACAUAUUUUUUUUUUUUUUUUUUUUUUUUCUCGACGAAACGCCCGCCCCGCAUCAGCGUUCGUUUGUUCCUUCGUUUCUAUAUGUAAUUACAUAAAUGUAUGUAUAAAUACAUGUAAUCAUGUAGCUGUGCAGUUAUAAUAGCCCGUAUGUAUAUGUGUAUCAAAACACGCGCACACGUAGUGUAUGCCUAUACACAUCCAAAUUCCAGGUCCGCGAUUAACACGAUAGAGAUUAAAAAAGGGCAUGGACAAACGUGUAUGGGUAUAAUAUGUAGUAGUUACGAGAAGUCGAGGCGUCGCCCUUGGCUUGAUAGUACAGUAUAGGCAGCAGCGGCAUCGUGCAUUCGCAUAUAUAGGGAGUGAUAUUAUACGAGUGAUCUCGUACACAAAAUAUGUAAAGAGCGAAAAGAACGUGAUGCCCAAGGUGCCCGAGGCAUGAAAGUCAUUUGGCUCGGGUGGACCUGAGAAAAAUUACUGCUGAAAAGUAAAAAAAGAAAAAGAGGUGUACAAGUAGAUACACGCGCUGGAAAGGCGUGGAUUGACAAACGGAGGCUUAUAAUCAAAAUUAUUCAAAAGUUAGUAGAGAAGAUGAUCAUUAAACUAACUAUAUUGUGUAGAGCGUCUAUAUUAUAUUACAUUACGUAUACCAAUUGCGCUCCUUCCUUUUGUUUCGAUGGCGAAGCCGAGGCGAUGACGUCUUGCUCGUCUUGGCCCUUUUAUCAUUAUGAUACAUACCUUCCCGACUCGGAAACGGCGGGUAUAGAAAAAAAAAAAAAA